CGAGUGAUCAGGAGUGACUGUGUGCUUGCGUGUGUGCUGGAGGGCGGGAGGAUAGAGCGCGCGGGCGAGAGAGAAGAGCAUUGACUGAGAAGCAUAGAUUUUCAUCCAACCUAUAUAAUUUUUUUCUAAUCAUCGACUGCACUGCUUAACGUUGAUUGUCUAGCAGGAAAAUAUUUUUCUACGCAGUUGAGGAACCGUUUCAUUUGACGAUUAUUGGUCCUCUUUGCUGUAAUUUAAGUGUACUUGGAACGAAUUUAUCAUAUUUCUAUUUAUACUUGAACUGCAUCAUGAACAGUUUGUGGGCACCUCUCGAUCUCACACCUUUGGAAUGGUGGGGAUUACGCAGCCGACAAAUGGGGAGCAUGUAAACGCAGAUGGAGUUUGGGAUUUAUUGCAAAAUAAGGGAAAGAUGACUGUCUUCUCUUUGUGUCUCCUCUUGUUCGCAGAUCUGCUGGAUUUAGCCGUUGGAUAUCUGACAGUAACAAUUGAGCCCCUUCCUCCUGUUGUUGUGGGUGAAACUGUAACCCUGAAGUGCAACUUCAAGACUGAUGGAAGACUUCGAGAGAUUGUGUGGUACAGGGUCACAGACGGGGGCACCAUUAAGCAGAAAAUUUUCACCUACGAUGCUAUGUUUAAUACCAAUUACUCUCAUAUGGAGGACUACCGCAAACGAGAAGACCUUGUGUACCAAUCUACGGUCCGGCUCCCGGAGGUACGGAUCUCGGACAAUGGGCCUUAUGAGUGCCACGUGGGCAUCUAUGACCGAGCAACAAGAGAAAAGGUGGUCUUGGCAUCGGGAAAUGUCUUUCUCACCGUUAUGUCUCCUCCAAACAACAUCUCAGUUUCGGCAGAGAACUGUCCAGCUCCAUUCAGCCGGUACCAGGCCCAGAACUUCACUCUACUGUGCACUGCAAAGGGAGGCAAACCUGCCCCUUCGGUGUACUUUAAGCGAGAUGGAGAGUUGAUAGAGGUGAUUUCCUACAUCCACCCCUCAGCUGUUGCAGAGGACGGUGGUGGCUCAGCUGGAGUGCGGGGUGCCAGGCCGCUCAUCAGCAGGGACCUGGACGACACCAAGCUGCAGAGGUCCCUUUCAUUGUUGGAUCCAGAGGGCCGGCCAGCCCGCCUGUUCACCGAGAGCCCUGAGCGUCGUCAUAACCCGGGCCAGCACACCCAGGGCCAGCAGCAGCAGCCCAGCCCUGCCACAGAGGUCAUUCCAGAGACUGUGGUGAGCCGGGAGUUCCCCCGUUGGGUGCAGAGCACUGACCCACUCUACUACUUCAGCCACACCCACAUCCCCCAGAGUGAUGGCUCUGUGCUGGUGCAGGCCAGACUCACCUGGACCCUUAACCCCCAGCUGGACAAUGAUGCCAUGUUCAGCUGUGAGGUCAAGCACCCAGCACUUUCCAUGCCCAUGCAGACAGAGGUCACACUGGCGGCUCCUAAGGGCCCCAAGCUUUUGAUGACCCCCACCAGGGCAAAGGUAGGGGACACGGUGCGCAUCACUGUGCAAGGAUUCCAGGUAGGCGCUGGGGUUCCUGGGAAUGAGGUGUUCCCUGAGCCCCUCUUCACCUGGACCCGGGUUGGGGGCCGUCUGCUGGACGGGAGUGCCGAGUGGGAUGGGAAGGAGCUGAUUUUGGAGAGAGUGCCAGCCGAACUCAACGGCUCCAUGUACCGCUGCACGGCCCAGAAUCCCCUGGGCUCCACGGACACGCACACUCGCCUCAUCGUCUUUGAAAAUCCGGCCAUGAUGAAAAACACUCAGAAUCCGAACAAUGGAACCCCUCGCGUGGAUGUGCUUGGACCUAUAUGGAUGGUGCUGACCCUGGUCCUCACAGUGACUGUGGAACUGACGUGAAACCUUCCUGCCAACACACACAAUGCACACACACACACACACACACACACACACACACACACACACACACACACACACACACACACACACACACACACACACACACACACA